ACGUUCCUCACACAAGACACGGUCCAUUUUCUACACUAGUCGCACCCAGUGAAACGUAUGUUUGGCUAUCUCAAGUUUGACGACAAUGCCUUUGCCAAAUAUCGACCCAAAUCUUCUGAAGGGACCUGCUUUUUAUAAAGUGAUGCAACGUCACGUGAUUAGCCCAAGGAAACAGGAAUUAAAUGGCUAUCCACGACCGCAUCCGUACUGCAAAAAUCGUGUCGUCAUCAACGCGACCAAUUUAAAUAGCUUUCGUCCGAAAUCUGCCGUUUCUUUAGCUCUGUAUGAACGUAUUUGCGAUCGCUGCAAUACUCGUUACAACGUGAAUUCCACAGGAUCGCCCUUAGGGGAGCAAGGUGUGUGUUGUUAUCAUUGGGGUAGAUCGUUCCGGAAUCCUCAAACCAAAACAUCAAAUCCAUUUACCUGUUGUGGUCAAAAUAGUGAAGCUAAAGGUUGCACCACGGCCAAAUGGCACAUUUCCAACAUUGAAAACAUCACUAACUUGGAAGACUACGUCCAAACGAAAGAAAAACCGCCACCCACCGACGAUGAUUACGGCAUCUACGCGCUGGAUUGCGAAAUGUGCUACACGACCGAGGGUAGUGACUUGAUUUGCAUUACGGUUGUCUCAUCCGAUUGCAAGAUUGCUUACAAAACGCUGGUUAAACCUAGCAAUCCCGUGCUCGACUACAACACACGUUUCAGUGGCAUCACAGAGGAUGAUUUAAGGGACGUCACAACAACAUUGGAAGACGUCCAGACAUUCCUCCUUAAUUUGUUUUCCAGCAAAACUAUUUUAAUUGGACAUGAUUUCGGCGCUGAUUUGCGUGCUCUUAAAAUGGUCCACGAUACGGUCGUCGAUACGAGCAUCGUAUUUCCACACGCUCGAGGACCACCCUUGAAAAGGGGAUUGAAGAAAUUGGUGUUCGAUAUUUUAGAAAAGACCAUUCAGAACGAAGGACAUAACAGCACAGAAGACGCCAUCGCGUGCAUGGAGCUAAUGAUCUGGAAGGUGAAACAUUUCCUUGGUUAA